UGAAGGUGGGAAUAGCCUCUUAUUCGCCGUAAUCCUUGUACGCUAUCCCCAAUUACAGGGCUAAUGCCUAAUUAAAGCGCAGCACCCGAAGGGGGCGGUCGUCGAAUGUAUGAAGACAGCACAAGUACCUUGAACACUCAGCUUCCGGGCAUCGUAUCUUGAUUAGGUAGUGCGGGAAUAUACAUACUAUGUAUGUUGUCAUGGAUUCAUGCCCGAGAGAUAGUGUACAAGCAGCUCUGCUGUGCCGCUCAGCCUGCUUUGUCACCAAGGAAGAUACCGAGGAAGAUGUCCAGAAUCUGGAAUUAAAUUACCUUCCCGGGUUGUUUUGCCCGUCAGCUCAUGCAUCUCACGUAGAGAUCGGAUCCGAGUCGGCCGCGAAGAGUCUAGAUUUUCCCUGUGAAUCACUCUUAAGCAAGCUCACAUUGCCUGUCUCACCUACAUGCACACAUGUGCUUCCGUACUCUGCGGGCGUUAGGUUCGACUUGGCAAGAUAGAGUAGUGUACGGUAGCACUAGACACACUCGACAGCGAUGAUCUUUCGCUCAGAGUUACUUCUGCUGUAUUCCGCCUGCGCGGCGGCAUUAGCCCUCCAGCCACACUCCUCGAAUUCACUUCUAUCCCGCGAUGUUGAGGCUUCUGUAAACAGCUCGGAAUGUCGCUGCUUCCCGGGCGAUGCUUGUUGGCCAUCCAGGUCAGAAUGGAGCCAGUUCAACAAGACAAUCAACGGCAAACUAGUUGCAACAGUUCCUCUGGCCAGCGUUUGCCAUAAUAGCGGAUUUGGACGGUACGAUGCUGAUGCGUGCACAAAGCUCAUAUCCGUAUGGGACUAUCCUGUUACUCACUAUGAGAGCUCGUCAUCCCCUAUGGCCCCCUUUUUCGCCAAUAUGAGCUGCGACCCCUAUACACCGCCUGAUGCCCAAUGUGUAGUUGGCUCCUUAAUUCAGUAUGCCGUAAACGCCUCUUCGGCUCAGGACUACCAAUCGACAAUUGCUUUUGCGCAGCAGCACAAUAUCCGUCUGGUGAUCCGUAACACCGGUCAUGAUUACUUUGGCAAGUCGACCGGUGCUGGUGGCUUAGCUAUCUGGACACACCACUUAAAGGACAUCACUGUUAGCGACUACUCCUCGCAGCAUUACACUGGCAAGGCGAUUAAGGUUGGCGCCGGAGUGCAGAAUGGUGAGGCUCAGCGUGUAGCACAUGCGAACGGCCUCGUAAUUGUCGGUGGCGACUCUUCAACUGUCGGGUUAGCUGGCGGAUAUUCGCAGGGUGGUGGUCAUGGGCCCCUUGUAUCCACAUUAGGGCUCGCCGCCGACCAGACGCUCGAGUGGGAGAUUGUGACCUCUACCGGGAAACACUUAAUCGCUACCCCUUAUGAAAACUCAGAUUUAUAUUGGGCUCUUUCAGGGGGUGGCGGCGGCACCUACGCAGCCGUGCUGUCUUUAACCGUUAAGGCUCAUCCGGAUUUUGACCUUGUUUCUGUCGGCAACCUUACGUUCAAUCUCGAAACUACGUCGGAGGCAUUCUGGGAUAGCUUUACAGUAUUUCUCGGAAGCUUAACUAAUAUCACUGAUGCCGGUGCCGUGUGCAUCUGGAUGCUCUCGAACACGAGCUUCACAAUCCAGUCCGUAACGGCCCCAAACUUAAACCCUGAGCAAUUAACAGCCUUGCUACAACCUACUAUCGACCAGCUAGAAAGGGUGAAAUUACCUUAUCAGUAUGCUGUUAAAGACUUCACCAACUUCCUUGAUAGCUUCCAUUCCAUGAGCGCAGAACCCAAUGUGACUCAAGCUAAUAUUGGUGGUCGUCUAAUUCCACGCUCGCUAUUAUCGAAUGACUCUGUAGCGACGCUCACCGACGCAUUGAAGUUCGUAGUUGGUGAAGGCGCAAUUCUGUCGGGACUUUCUGUUAAUGUCAACCGCACGCCGAGUGCUCCGAAUGCCGUGAAUCCUGCUUGGCGUUCUACGGCUUUUAGUUCUGUCUUUGGCACCUAUUACAAUCAUCUGAACAACAGCGCCAACAUAGCAGAUCAGGAACUCAUUAGGAACUCGAUGGUGCCGAGAUUGUCUGCUAUAACUCCUAAUGGCGCUGCGUACCUGAAUGAGGCCGACUUUGGUCAGUCUGACUUCCAACAGGUAUUCUACGGUAGCAAUUAUGAUAAGCUCUUAGCUAUUAAGAGGAAGUAUGAUCCGAAUGACACGUUCUACGGCCAAACAGCCGUAGGAAGUGAGUAUUGGGAGAUACGACAGGAUGGACGGUUAUGCAAGGUUAGGUAAUGGUGAACGGUGCCACUAUUCAACCAGCAUCUUCAUUUACUAUCUUUGAUGUACCAUUAGUUAUAUUAUAUUACGAAGAAUUUAAUAUAUGCAUGGAGGCAACAGGAGGAAGAGGCACGCCAUACUAGGUUCCACUACUCAGUGUACCUGUAAGAAUGGUGUUUUAUCACGAGAAGAACAUGGGAUAAAAAGGGACCCCUACACCAACGUGUGGUUUCAUUCUUGUAUUUACUUACUUGGAAGACGUCAACUUAUACAUGUGAUGCAUUCUAGAUGCCUAAAGAAGUUAAUAAACGCUCAUUGCCGCAGA